AUGAAACUUUCAAUGAAAGCCGUUGUUGCUGCCACCAUUGCAGCGUAUGCGUCAACCACAGAGGCUGCCCUAGCGGCCACCUGUCCAGGCGACGGGGAGCUGUGUUUCCAAUGGGGUAUACCCGCCGGCAGCAGCAGGACAAGUCCAGGCAAUCUCUACUUCCAGCUUCGAGGCCCUAGCUCGUUAUCAUGGUUUGCCUUGGGUACAGGGUCCGCCAUGAUGGGAUCGAGCAUGUUCGUCGUCUAUUCCAAUGGAAGCGGCGUGACCCUCAGCACUAGACCAGGCAAAGGACACGUCAUGCCCGAGUACCAAGCUCGUUCAGACGUUGAACUGCUUCCUGGAUCGGGGGUCGUGAAUGACAACCUUGUUGCCAAUGUACUGUGCAAAAAUUGUUCCGAUAUUGCUAUAACUAGUUCCUCGAGCUGGCUUUAUGCCUGGAACAUGGGUGCAGCCAUCGACUCGUCCAGUCCCUCUGAGCCAAUUUCGUUCCAUGAUGCCUUUUCAGGCUUCUCGGUCAACCUAGAACAAGCCACCAUUGCUUCCGACUCGAACCCUUUUCUUACUCCCGCCACGAAUGGCAAUACCAAGCCCAAUCCUAGCGGAGUUGAGACCGACGAGGGCAAUGGCAUGGCCAUGCUAUAUGCGCAUGGCAUCGUCAUGUCCGUUGCUUUCCUGAUUGGGUACCCAGUUGGAUCAGCCCUUAUGCCUCUGCUUGGUAGAUGGCUUAUCCAUGCUAGCUGGCAGCUGCUUGCAUUUGUCGGAAUGUGGGUUGGAUUUGCUCUCGGCUGCGUUAUCUCUUCGCGGGCCGGCUCGCUCUUUCAGGAUGCACAUAUGCAACUGGGUCUUGCCGUCUCCAUCCUAAUGACAAUACAGCCAGUCCUCGGCUGGCUGCACCACACGCAUUUUCUCAAACACGGGCAGCGUGGUCCCAUCAGUCACGUUCAUACCUGGUACGGGCGUAUCAUAAUGAUCCUGGGUAUUGUCAAUGGAGGCAUUGGCCUUCACUUCGCCGGAGCGUCUUCACGAUUUGUGGCCACCUACGCCAUAGUGGCGACCCUGGUCUCUGUCAUGUACCUUGCCGGGAUGGGUUUCGGUAUUAUCAAGAGGAGAAGGCAACAAACCCGACAUUAUCAAUCGUCGUCCCAAACCGAGCUUGCGAAACUGUAA